CACACGUCCCAGUGUCACGUGAAACGUUUCAUAGAGCAAACGUCUGUUUUUGUGAAGUUUAGGUUCUUUUUUGUUGUUUUAAAUCCACUAAAAACGUCCUCUGGUUAAACAAAGACUAUCAUUUUAUCAACAGGAAGUUUGAAAUCCAUCAUGGACGAAGACGGGCUGCCAUUAGUGGGGUCUGGAGUUGAUCUUACCAAGGUUCCUGCCAUCCAGCAGAGACGAGUCGUGGCCUACAUUAAUCAGUUUGUUGUGCACACAGUUCGCUUCUUAAACCGUUUCUCCACCGUUUGUGAAGAGAAACUCUCAAACGUGUCUCUUCGCAUACAGCAGAUUGAAACCACUCUGUGCAUUUUGGAAGCCAAGCUGUCGUCUAUUCCUGGACUAGAAGACGUCACAAUAGAUGGAAUUCAUCAGCAACAAAGUGCACGGGUUAAUGGAGCCACCACUGCUGACCACACCCCACGGGCUGCUCCACCAGCGGGGGCGCUACAGUCCCCACAGACAGCAGCAGCAGAACCAGCAGCAGAAGCAGCAGCAGAAGCAGCAGCAGAACCAGCAGCAGAACCAGCACCGGCACACAAAACAGAAGCAGCUGCAGAGAACGUCAUGACUGUGGCCAAAGACCCACGUUACGCCCGAUAUCUGAAGAUGGUUCAAGUGGGGGUUCCAGUGAUGGCCAUUAGGAACAAAAUGGUCUUGGAGGCUUUGGAUCCCAACUUGCUUGAAACCCCCGACGCCCCAGUUCCCGAUGGAGGAACGAGGAGCGCGGAGGAUCAAGAUGUCGCCGCCACCAGCUCUGACAGCGAGUCGUCUUUCAGCGACUGACGUCUCUCCUGUGUCGCCCUCGCCCUCGUGUGAACGAGGUGAAGACACCUGGAAGUGUAUCCUGUCAAGGAUCUGCCACUGAUCCGUCAGACCUCCUUGUUUUUGAUUGUUCUUUUCAAAAAGAAGGAGUAAUCCUCAGAAUGUGGCAGUAGCUGCUUUUAUUCUCGUAGUUCAUCUGUGGUCGUUUAUGCUACAAUCACAGACUUUCAUGUUGUUUUCAUCUGCAACAGCAGAACUCAAAAAGACAUUGAAUUGGUCCCUCGUGGGCUUCUGUAGAACACAAUAUAAUCAGGUGAUGGUGCACUUAUAAAAGUGAAGUAUAAUUACUGUAGAUCAGCUGCAGUGAUUUACAGAUCACAACAGUAAAACAAUAAAAUACUUCAGGAGAAAAGAAGCAGUUUUUUUUCAGUUUGUUUGCACUUGAAUGAUUCUGAAAAAGCCACAUCACGUCUUUAUGUUCAAAUAAGUCAAUUAAACCUUUCAUAUUUCU